UAAAAAAAAAAAAAGUCAGGACACGGCAGCGUUCAUUCAUUCCUUCAACGGACAUCGAAAGGUGGCGGACGUUUGCUGCUUGGCCGAUAAGACUAUUAUGCAACCACCUGCGAGCCGCUAGACUCCACACCGCUCGAAAAUCCUCAUCUUUACAUCCUUUAAAAACAUCCUCGACGUCCGCUAUGCCGUCCCUGCGACACUCUUACACGGUGACAGCACCGGAGGAAACGGCCACCGCUCUCCCCGCAGUCAAGCCCGAUUUACGGCGUAAGGGUCCGUCCUUGUCCCGGUCCAUGCUGGUGUCCACAUUCAUGGGUCUGAUCAUCAACCAGGCCAAGAAGCAGAGUCCACAAGGCUUGGCGGGACUGAAGAACCUGGGCAACACCUGUUUCAUGAACUCGAUUCUUCAGUGUUUGAGUAACACCCCAGAGUUGAGGGACUAUUGCCUGAGGGACGUCCAUCAAACCGACCUGAACAACAACAGCAGGACCACUUCGGCUCUUGUUGACGCAUUCGUCAAGCUGACUAAGAGCUUGUGGACGUCCGUCAACAACGAGACUGUCACGCCCUCGGACUUCAGGAACCAGGUCCAGCUGUACGCUCCCAAGUUCGCAGGAUGCAAUCAGCAGGACGCCCAGGAGUUCCUGCGCUUCCUGCUGGACGGCCUCCAUAACGAGGUGAACAGGGUGACGGUGUGCCCGAGCCUGCCUGCCGGGGACUUUGACCACCUCUCGGAGGAGGAAAAAGCCAAGCGAAUGUGGAGCAUGUAUUUGGAGAGGGAGGACAGCAAAGUCGUGGAUUUGUUUGUGGGGCAGCUGAAGAGCUCCCUGACCUGCACCGUCUGCGGCUUCCGCUCCACCGUCUUCGAGCCCUUCUGGGACCUCUCCAUACCGAUCGCACCGAGGACGUCGGGCGAGGUGACUCUCCGAGAUUGCCUGAGGGUCUUUACCAAGGAGGAUGUGCUGGACGGAGACGAGAGACCGACUUGCAACCGAUGCAAAGCCAGGCGAAAAUGCACCAAAAGGUUCAGCAUUCAGAAGUUCCCUCAGAUUCUUGUGCUUCACCUGAAGCGUUUCUCCGACUCCAGCGUCCGAGCCAGCAAGCUGUCCACGUACGUCAACUUCCCCCUCAAGGAGCUUGACCUGCGGGAGUUCGCCUCAGAAGGCAGCGAGCGUGCUGUGUAUAACCUCUAUGCCGUAUCCAACCACUGGGGGAACACGCUGGGAGGCCAUUACACCGCCUAUUGUAAGAACGCCAUGGUGGGAGAGUGGUACAGCUACAACGACUGCAGGGUGAGCCCCAUGUCCUCCAGUCACGUCCGCAGCAGCAACGCCUACAUCCUCUUCUACGAGCUCGCCACCUCGCAGCACGCCAAAAGUCAGACGUGUCGCCUUUGAAAGCGCACCAAAAAAGAACUCCCCCCCCCCCCCCCAACGCCUGCGGACUAUAAAGACCGACUGCCGGGAUUUUGUGCAGGUGCGACACGUUUGAACUGAUGGACACCCUGGACUUGAAUUUCUAUCUUUCCUAGUCUUUUUGAGGAUUUAUUUUUUUUGUAUGCACUUUUGACUACUGAGAACAACUGCACUCUAUAAAUUAUUCGAGUCGACAUAACAGAGGAGGACGUUUUAGAAGAAGAGUGUGCGUGACAAAGCUUUAUUUUUGAAUGUACAACAAACUAAGGUGCUGACAGAGUGUAUAUACAGUGUAUAUAAAUAGGAUGUGUAAAUGUAGGAUUAAAAGUCAAUGUUAACUUA